UCAGGAGCCUAGCAGCGGGCGGUCGGGAUCCGACGUCUGUGCGGGGACUCAGCUGUCUGAGCCCCGCGCAGCAACCACCCCGACAAGCAAGCUCCCCGAGACCCGGGCUGCCUGCCAGGUCAUAGAGUUCAGUGGAGACCUGUGGGGCAGUUGGUCGCUCAGGCAAGAUGGGGAACCGGGAGAUGGAGGAACUGAUCCCACUGGUGAACCGUCUGCAGGACGCCUUCUCGGCGCUGGGACAGAGCUGUCUGCUGGAGCUGCCGCAGAUUGCCGUGGUGGGCGGCCAGAGCGCCGGCAAGAGCUCGGUGCUCGAGAACUUCGUGGGCAGGGACUUUCUUCCUCGAGGCUCAGGCAUCGUGACCCGACGACCUCUUGUGCUUCAGCUUGUCACGUCUAAAGCAGAAUAUGCUGAGUUUCUGCAUUGCAAAGGAAAAAAAUUUACAGAUUUUGAUGAAGUUCGCCAUGAGAUUGAAGCAGAAACAGACCGAGUGACGGGAAUGAAUAAGGGUAUUUCCCCUAUACCCAUCAACCUACGCGUCUACUCUCCACACGUGUUAAAUCUAACGCUUAUCGACUUACCUGGAAUAACGAAAGUGCCCGUGGGAGACCAGCCCCCAGACAUUGAGCAUCAGAUCAGAGAUAUGAUCAUGCAGUUCAUCACGAGGGAGAACUGUCUGGUCUUGGCUGUCACCCCGGCCAACACCGAUCUUGCCAACUCGGAUGCACUGAAGCUAGCUAAAGAAGUUGAUCCUCAAGGUCUGAGGACCAUUGGCGUGAUCACAAAGCUGGAUCUCAUGGAUGAAGGAACGGAUGCCAGGGACGUCCUGGAGAACAAACUGCUGCCUCUUCGCAGGGGCUACGUGGGAGUGGUCAACAGAAGCCAGAAGGACAUAGACGGAAAGAAGGACAUUAAGGCGGCCAUGUUGGCAGAAAGGAAAUUUUUUCUUUCUCACCCGGCUUAUAGACAUAUUGCUGAUCGUAUGGGGACGCCUCACCUCCAGAAGGUCCUCAAUCAGCAACUUACCAACCAUAUUCGAGACACCCUGCCCAACUUCAGGAACAAACUGCAGGGACAGUUGCUCUCCAUAGAACACGAAGUAGAAGCCUACAAAAACUUCAAACCGGAAGACCCCACGAGGAAGACCAAAGCUCUGCUGCAGAUGGUCCAGCAGUUCGCUGUGGACUUUGAGAAGAGAAUCGAAGGGUCGGGGGAUCAAGUGGAUACAUUAGAGCUCUCUGGUGGUGCUAAGAUCAAUCGCAUCUUCCACGAACGCUUUCCCUUUGAGAUAGUGAAGAUGGAGUUCAAUGAGAAAGAAUUGAGAAGAGAAAUAAGCUACGCAAUCAAAAACAUACAUGGUAUCAGGACAGGGCUGUUUACUCCAGACAUGGCUUUCGAGGCCAUAGUCAAAAAGCAGAUAGUAAAGCUGAAAGGUCCGUCCUUGAAGAGUGUGGACCUGGUGAUGCAGGAAUUGAUCAACACUGUGAAGAAGUGUACGAAGAAAUUGGCGAACUUCCCCAGGCUUUGUGAGGAAACAGAAAGGAUUGUUGCUAACCACAUCCGUGAGCGAGAAGGGAAGACCAAGGACCAGGUCCUGCUACUGAUUGACAUUCAAGUCUCUUACAUUAACACCAACCAUGAAGACUUCAUCGGCUUUGCAAAUGCUCAGCAGAGGAGCAGUCAGGUUCACAAGAAAAGCACAAUUGGAAAUCAGGGAACCAAUCUUCCGCCUUCAAGGCAAAUUGUGAUUCGCAAGGGCUGGCUGACUGUCAGCAACAUCGGCAUCAUGAAGGGAGGCUCGAAGGGCUACUGGUUCGUCCUCACUGCAGAAAGCCUGUGCUGGUACAAAGACGAUGAGGAGAAAGAAAAGAAAUACAUGCUUCCUCUGGACAACCUGAAAGUCCGGGAUGUGGAGAAGGGCUUCAUGUCCAGCAAGCACGUCUUUGCUCUCUUUAACACAGAACAAAGGAAUGUAUACAAAGACUAUCGUUUCCUGGAGCUGGCCUGUGAUUCCCAGGAGGAUGUGGACAGCUGGAAGGCAUCUCUGCUAAGAGCUGGGGUCUAUCCAGAUAAAUCUUUAAAUGAAAAUGACGAAAAUGGCCAAGCGGAAAACUUCUCCAUGGAUCCGCAGCUGGAGAGGCAAGUGGAGACCAUCCGCAACCUCGUGGACUCCUACAUGUCCAUCAUCAACAAGUGCAUCCGAGACCUAAUUCCAAAAACAAUAAUGCAUCUUAUGAUCAAUAAUGUUAAAGACUUCAUCAACUCUGAGCUCCUAGCACAGCUCUAUUCUUCUGAGGACCAGAACACUCUGAUGGAGGAGUCUGCUGAGCAGGCUCAGCGCCGGGAUGAGAUGCUCCGAAUGUACCAAGCCCUGAAAGAAGCCCUUGUGAUUAUUGGUGACAUCAGUACAGCCACUGUGUCAACCCCAGCCCCACCUCCAGUAGAUGACUCCUGGCUCCAGCAUUCCCGCAGGUCACCUCCUCCAAGUCCCACCACCCAGAGGCGACCAACUCUAAGUGCUCCCCUCACAAGGCCCACAUCUGGCCGCGGACCAGCCCCUGCCAUUCCUUCUCCAGGUCCCCACUCUGGGGCUCCUCCAGUCCCAUUCCGCCCUGGCCCAUUACCUCCUUUUCCUAGCAGCAGCGACUCCUUUGGAACCCCUCCUCAAGUCCCAUCCAGACCUACGAGGGCGCCCCCCAGCGUUCCGAGCCGGAGGCCACCCCCAUCGCCAACUCGCCCCACUAUAAUCCGUCCACUAGAAUCCUCACUGUUAGACUAAAUGGAGUGUCUGGCAUGGCAAUUAAUCACUAACGAUUUCUGCAAAAGCAACAUAUUCUGUAAGCUUUGCGGUCAACCAUGAGUACGCGCAUGUGUGGACAUCCAUAGGCAAGUAGCCAGUUUUACUAAUGUAUCUAUCACCCAUCUUCAUUGCUCAUGGUAUACCAGACCUUUGGGGUUUGACGUGAAGAACUGCUAACCUGUAGAAAGACUUAACAUGUUAACUGUUAACCUUAACUGACCAAGGUAGUUUUGUAUAGCAGCCCUAUACUUUGGUACCAUUUGUCUACUCAACAUAUGUCUGAAGAGUUUUCUCAGAUGUCUACAGAGCAGUUAUAACAAUUCUUAACAAACGUAAGAAUGAGCUUUGAGCCGCACAAGUUUCUUCCCACAUUCUGUUUAGGAUGGCAGAGACUAUUGUCUGAUAUUAAUGCCACCACCUACUCCACAAUCACCUAUUUAGAAUUCUUCUCCUUAUUUCAUAAGACUGCUAGGAGGCGAGGUUUUAAAAUUAAGGCUACUGAAGGUGGAAGCUUUUCAGGAGCAGGAGGCAGUCAGCAGAGGGAAUGCCUGCAGGGUUUGCUCUAGGGAGCUCCUCCCAGAACCAGUGAACUGUGCUUCGAGCUAGAAGCUCAAGCAGCAGCGAAGCAAUGCCUGGGUUUUUUGGUAAGAACCAAAAAUAAGUUAAUAUAUUUGGCUACUUUCAGAGUUCAAGGAAGAAGCAAAAAUAUCACCUUUCUAAAAGUGUCUGGGGAAACAUAAUUUAUUAUCUUAUGUAUUUACUUCUUAAUAGACUCUAAUGAAGAAAGGCUGACAUUAAAAAUAUUUAAUUGUACAGUUGAUUUUUUUGACAUGGGUAAUUAACUCCAUUUAGUUUUUAUGAUUAUUGUUUUGACUGAAGCAAAGUUAAAUGUAAAUUAAUACAUGAUUCCUAUGGUUUACAUAUAAAUGAGUAUGCAAGGAUCCCUUUAAAACAACUUUAAUGUCUCUACCCAUUCCAGCCUCUCUUAACUCCUGCAGCGUAAUGACACGGUUGCAUUGAAAGUAUCGUCCCUGGUAUGGAAACUCAGGGAUACCAUGGUUUAAGAGCACAGCUCACAUGUUUACAGAUGCCCUGCUCCAACUUGCUCCCCCAAAAUGCCUUUGCAAUAUUGAUCUGCAGACAAAUUUUCAAUGGGCAGGAUUUCUAAAACUUACAAGAGCAGCCUAGCCCAGAGGCUAAUAGUUUAGCCUUGAGGCUAAGUUUUGAACUACCUACAUAUGGCCAGAUGAUUCACAUGUAGAAAACAGCUAGAAGCCAACUGGGAUGCUGUCAGCUAACUGCUCCCAGGCAGCCGAAUGAGCAUCCACUGAAUUGUGCGUCCCAUGACAUUAUUCCGUAGUCACAGAAGUAAAUCAGGUUUUACUAACUGCGGUGUCUCCCUUUGAAAGCAGCAAACAUGAUUUAUAUGUGAACUUCAUUUUAAUUUCCUGUGUAGUUUCUAGCCAAAGCAGGUAGCCCUAAAGUAUGACAUAAAGACUUUUAACCAUUAUUUUAAAAAGAAAAUAAUUCCAAGUUAAAUGGCACUGCGUUGAACUUAUUCUAAUGGGCUAUAUUCCACUUAUAUUUGGCAUACAAAAGGGACAUAAUAUCAUCACUCCUCACUUCUCUCAUUUUUCCCAUUGGAAAAUAAAUCUCCGGGAAUGGAACUCAUAUACAAGAUGCAUAUUGUUUUUGAAAAAGGUGACCCAGCUAAAUGGAAAAACAUUAAGCAAACCUUCAUAAUCAGACAAAACUCCCUCCUCUUAGGAUUUGCUCUGCUUCUUCCUUUGAGUUCUCUAAAAUAAGCAACUAACAAAUCACAUGCUUCAGGGUUUGGCUGUGUACUUACUGUGGUUUUGCAUCUUGCUGUCUUUCAAAAUUUUCCUUCUGUCAGAGGAAAGUAUUGUAGAAAAGCACUGGUGUAGUCUCAGAUCAGCACAAACCAAUGGCAAGGCAAACUGGGGAUUUGUCUCUCCAAGUUUCUUCCCACUGAUCUUAGACCGUCAUAACAAUGGCAUUUGUCAACUUUGGCUUUUGCUUCUUGAUCCACAGAUGCCCUGUCCCAAAUGUCUUUAUUUGUCUGGACAGUUUUGGUCUCUUUGAUACUGUGUUAUAUCUGGUGGCACCCAGCACUCCCAAGUCCACCCCACCCCCAGAAUUUCAGCAAUGUAUUCCAGGAUAUUUUCUGUUUGGAGGGUUUUCAUCCUGCUAAGAGGAGACAGCAGCGUGAGUGGAACCUGACGUUCUGGUGUGUGCAGAGUUUGCAGAGUGGCAGCGCGCAUCAGGCCUUAAGAUGGGAAUGUAAGACUGAAGGGCCCUCCAGUUCCCAUCCCAUCUCUCAUCUCCUGACUGAUGCUUCUCAUGUCAGCACAAUAGAUGUUUCUCUAUCUUGUCUAGCAUCAUCAUCGUAAUAAGCCCAGUGUUUUUAGGAUUUGAAAAAAAUUAACUGUACUCGUUUGAUAAGUAAAUGCAAUUUUACUGUCACAUGCUAAAUUCUGCAUGCAUGUUGGCUAACUGGAAUAGCCAUUUACUCAGUUGUGGAUAGACUAUGAAACAGUAUUGAUUUAGAACAGAUACAUUCUCAAAAAUCAUCUAACAAAUUGCUUUUAGAUGUGUUUAUAGCAUAUAAAAGAGCAGUAGGGUCUAUUCAUCCGCAAUUCCGCUGUUCAUGCAGAUACAUACUCAUUCUAUCCAAAAGCAUAAUAAACAAUUCAUGUGAUAUAAGCACUCUGAAUUUAGAAUUAAGUAGCUACAUAGAUUAAUCUGUGAUUUCUAGACUGUAGUCAUAACUCUAAAAUACAGAAUGGGACCUGAUACCAGUAUAUGACGAGUCUCGAGGUUUUCUCUGUACUCAUUUUCUCUGCAUGUCUCCAGCAACCCACUACAUACAUAGGAAACAUGUAUCUGUGUCCUGUUUGAGUAAGUAGGUUCAAAAGCACUUGCAGAAGUGCCAUUUAGCAUGAAUGUGAUAACAUGUGCAUUAUAUAUAUAUAUAUAUGUAUAUGUAUGAGCAUAAAUAUCAGUGUAAAUCUGUGCUCAGUAUGUAAGAAUAUGAAUAUAUUUUUUAACUGUGCUAAUGUAUGAUCUAUGUUGGGAAGAUCUGCCAUAACUUGUGAUUACAGUAGUUCAUUUCUCAUAACAUACAUGAGAUAUGCAAGAUUUUAUAACUCAUACCGUAUAUAUCCUGAGGGGCACAAAGCUUAUGAUAACCAUGAUAAGGUAGAGUAAUGUCUAUAGUCAUUAGUAUUGAAACCCACAGCACUGCUGCCUAAAGGAAUUACCCUUUAGCGAUACUCUGCUAAAAAGGAUGAGGUUUGGAAGCUUUUCUCUAAACCCUGAUAUUUGAGGAUUGUUGAGCUGACUCUUAAGAAGCUAAGUUGAUCUGUACGCUCGUUUGUUCUCUGCAGUAAAAGAUAAAAGAAUACAGAGAGUCAGCAGCAUAAUGAAAGGAAUGUAUCUUUCCGAGCAAAACUGUCACACAUUCAGGGAACAGGUUGCUUAAUUCCUUGGAAGCAUGCUAGCUACUCUUUCAGGUGAACCUUUUGCAUUUGGAAAACUGUAGAAUAACUUUAAAUCAAUGGGGAUCCCUGUAAGAUGGAGAAUAAAGCUUAAACAGAUCUUCAAACUAUCAUAGUUCAGUGAGAGAUGAUUGUGUAUAAGACUCAAGUCAUGAGUUUUAUGUCAUUUCGUCUAGGACUACUAGCUGUGAACUCAGAGUUCCUGUGAAUGAAGCCUAUUUUAGAGAAACAAUGGAUAAUUCAUCAGAUCAUUUAGGCUUUCCUAAAGAACUCAAUUUGUCUUUCAAAAAAUAGGCUGUCUGUCUAGCAGAAACGCUUAAAUUCGUGGUGCUCUGUAUGUGAAACUUUAACGAUGUUUUUGACGUAUAUAUAGUAUAUGCAUUGUUAGUUGUGUAUAUAUAAAUACAUGUAAAAAUAUUUGUGUGUGUGAGAGAAAGAGACGGGAACCUCAGAGAAUCUCCUGUUUAAGGUCUGUUCGUGCUGGUGUUCUGGGGUGACUUCGCAUUCCUCUGGUCAAGGGCUUCACAUGUGACUCCGCUCAAGGCAUGACUUUUCUUGUUGCCUUUACCUUUAAAUUCCCCAAACUUUACUCAUAAUAUUUUCAAAUUAUACAAAAAUUACCCCACUGUCUUUUAUUGACUGCUGCCAAUCUGUGGAAAUCAUUUCUCAGAAACCCUAGCACUCUGACCUUGGGUGUUUGAGUCCAUAUACACUGCUUUUGUUUCAUAGACUUGUAUGUAUUCCUCUUCUCUCCCUGUUCUGAGUCAAAUUUCCUUUUUGCUUUUUUAGGAAUCAUGAGUAUGUAGUAGUCAAAUAUUGUCUUCUCUGUCUAUUCUUUAAUUAACAUGAGCCAAAAUACUUUUCACUGUUUCUCUCUCUCUCUCUUUUUUUUUUUUGGCACUUUUGGAAUUUCUUAAUGCUGGAUUAAUAUGGAUUCUGUGAAUGGGAUUUUUGAAGCAAAUUCCUAAAGCCUGUAUCAUCCUUGAAGGUCAUGUACCUAUUGUGAAAAUGUGAAACUGUAUUUCGAACCUGAAAUAAAUUAUUACCUUUGAAGGAAUCCCCAAUUCCUCAUUCUUGUAUACAUUUGAGCCUAUGCAUUUCGGAAACACCUGCAAGUAAAUUCCUAGUGCCCCUUUGCUCAGAUUCGUCCAACAUUACUAAAGUGGAGAGUGAUAGGGUUUUGCAUUCCUGUCCUUAAGAGAAGAAGAUUUCUAGAGCAGAUCAGGUAAAUCAAAGGGGGGGAGGGGAAACGACACUUCCUACUGAUUUGGAAUAAUAGGUUGUAGGAUUCUAACCUCAGACAGCAGCCCAGUAAAACCUUUGCCAAGAAGCCAUGUGACCGUUUGCUGCUAGAAAAGAAGUCUUUGUGGGAAAAACCAGGAAGUAGGAGGAAGGAUAGCCUAUUUACAUGUUAGGUCAACAGAAGACAAACGCUGAGAACCUGGCUAGUGUGUGUUACCUGCUCACGGGGCACAAAAGAGGAAGUGAACCUGCAAUGUGUCCAGUAAGAAGAAAAGAUAAGUGCUCAGUAGGUACAGACAAUCCUUUUCCUAGUUGUGUUUCCAGAUGAUAAACACUCUUGGUUACUAGCUCUGAUGGUAGCUCCCUAACCAUGUAUGGUUCUAGGCUGUGCCACCAAAGUGAAGACAAUAAGGGGUUAAGAAAGAGAAAUAUUGGUUUAAUUUGCCAGGCACAAGCAGGAUUGUAUAAUCAUAGGAAAGAGCUGGACAUAUUGCUCUUCUCAGCUGCAAUUUCCUUCUCUAUCCAUUUCCCACAAACGGAGAAACCAUGCCUUCAAUGGACGGAGCCUACUGGGGGAGAUUGUGGGUAGGAACCAGGCUAGUCAUUUGUGUUUGGUUUUAAGCACGCUAUUCUAACGCAUGCUAAUAAUAUUCAGAAUAAUUUCUAAAAACCCAAAGGACAGUAUUGUCACUCUUUGGCACCUUUCCAUUUGUAUUUUCAAAGCAAUUCUGUCAUCAUUCUAAAUCUCUGCUUGAUUUGUUCUCAAGAUUCCCAUCUUUCUGCCACAACCUUUUAAUUGCACUUUGAGAAACGCAUCUGGUCUCAUGAGACUCAACCUGACUCCACCCACCUUCUUCUCCCAACUCUUGAUAACUGUCACACAAUGGGUUGUUUAUUGGUGCUGGAGUGACAUAGGAAUUAGAAUAUAUGCAAGAGAUAUUGACUAAAAUUACUGACUUAAUUCAAAGCCUCCCAAAGCGCCUCUCCUGAGCUUGGAAUAAAGCUCGUACGCAGACACUAAAAGUGAUUUUAUCGGUAUACUUUGGGAGAUGGCAGUUACAAUGUAAAUGGCUUUUACUGAAAGAAAAUAAAUAAGAUUACACUGACUCUUGGAGUGAUAGUGUCCACAAGCUUCUCCGACUUCCUUGAUCAGAAAAGCUUCAUUCAUGCACCGUCCCACAGAACUAGUGUUCUAAGUCACGUGCUUCAGGAAACAGCACUUUGGGGACACUAGGCACAAGGCAAAGCCAUUGGACGUGGUGAUUACUUUACAGUUGCCGACACCAACAAAAAGUUGUGUGACGAGUUCAAGUGUCAGAGCAAGGUGAAGUCCCAGCUCAGGACGGACAUCCGGAAGCACUGGCAGCUCAACUACAUUAUAUGGGUCUGCGAAUAUAUUUAUUGAGUUCUGAAAUGUGUUAAUUCAGUACUCCAGGACUUUUGUAGUCUUUCCAUGUAAACCACACAUGUUCAGCACUUGCCUUCAAACACUCUAUAAAUAUAAAAUUCUGAAAAGGGAAUAGCAAAAAAAAAAAAACUGUCAUGAUCCAUGGCCGAACUAACAGAUCCAGUGACGCUAUUAUAAUCAGUGGUGCUUUCCUGACAGCAACAGGAACGUUCAAUACGGGGUAAGUGAGGAUGAAAAGAAAGGAGCUGCUGAGGGAAUGUCACCAUGAUGUCUAAAGCAUAUUUUCCUGCUGCCAGUGAAAUCUGUUUUAGGGCAUAAUAUGUCUGAUCCUGUUUCUGGGUUGGAACACCAAACUGGCUCCCUUGGGAAGGUGUUCUUGGCAUCUGCUCGCAGAAUGUCUCUUCAACACUGUGGACUUGCUGUUAGGUUUAAUGGCUCACCUCCCCACCAUGCUGAGGUAAUUAGAGUGUUCUACAGCCCCUUCAGAACUCAAAAAUAGUUCGUUUGCUGGGCAGGUGAUAAAUCUCAUUCAGCCUGACAGAAAUGCAAUUACACUUUCUUCAUGAAAACACCAGGGAUACCAUUACUGAGAUCUCUCAAAGCCCAAGGCUUGCAGGCCCCCCACAGUUGGUAGGUCAGGGACUAAGAACAAGUUUUUCAUCAUUUAAAUAGAUGGGAGGCCUCCUUAGCGUAGCCAGAUUAAAUUGGACUGGAGAAAAAUUGGUUCAGGACUUUGGGAAAGGUAACCACUCCUCAAGAAAAAGUCCCCUCAGUUUGGUUCCGUUAACAUCUCACAAAAGAUUUCAAAAAAAACAAACAAACAAACAAAAAAAAGCAAAAGGAAGCAUUUGGGGUUUUGCUUUUUAUAGACCCAACUAUCAUUUUAGCAAGAAGGAAGUACAUUGCGGAAUAUCUGGCCAGGUAGUUCAAGGUGAAGUCCCACAGAGGGACGGGUUUGAGAUGAUCUCACAGGGCCACAAGAGUCAGUUCACAGUGACUCGGUUAGAAAGAGGGAAUUGAAGUGCAGACUUCUGCUAGAACCCACUCUGUGGUCCUUCUUUGUCCUGUCCUUUGUCUGCUACAAAGCUGUCCCUUGCAACAUGGAGGUUUCUGUAUCCCCUGGAGCUGGAAAUAAUCUCAAAUUCUAGCGGCUUAUGUCAGGCAGCAGCACAGCUCUGGACCCCGACUCCCCAACUCAUGGGAAGUGAGGCAGGCUAGGAAUCUGGAGAAGUAUCCAAAAAACCAGAGUCUGUAUACCCUGGACUUGCUUCCCAAUAAAUCAGGAUUUUCACUGUUCCUUGCUCUAAGAAAGAGGGAAUUCACACAAAUCCUGGGGCCACCAAGAACCACCCAGGGCCUACUAUGUUUCCUAGACCAACCCUAGGCUGCCAUACCGCACAACCAUUCACCUCAGAUUCUCAGUUACAAAUUCCUAACUGUAAAUUAGCUCCCGAGCUGUGCUGGGAUGAUGUUGCUCAUUUGAUCUUGAGACCUAUUAAUUUCCUCACUUUGAAAAAUAUUUCACUAGUCAGGUGCCAGUGGAAGGCCUGAGGGAGUGAACUGAUUUCAGUCAACAGAACCUUAGAGCACUUCCUGUCCACCAUUUACAUCUUCAGAAAUAACUCGGGGGAGUCAUAAAAUUAGAGUUAGAAAUCAAGUAUGCAGUCUAAAAGAUAUAUUUAAUACUGAUCCUAAUACACCUAAGUUUGAUGGCAAGGAUUUAGAAUGCCACGGUCUAACAGGGUAACAUUUUUGAACGGGCACAAAUGCCUUAGCAUGCUGCUAGUGCCUUGGGAGAGUCCGAAUCGCUGCUAGCUCUGCCGUGCGGUGUGCUUUCACGUCUCUGCAUGACUGCCUGGUCUCUUGCUUUAUUUGGGUUUUUGUUUGUUUGUUUAUUCUUUGCUUUGAAUUAGACUUUUGUGGAAUAUUUUUGCAUGCCAUUAUUUGGAUUUAUUUUAUAAUUUAAACAUUGUCUUCUCCCUCUACAUGUUUUUCUUUUUUUAUUAUUUUUGUUUUGUUUUUACUAGGCGACCCCCUCCUGCAGUUCCAGGCCGACCUUCCUAAGCCCAUUCCCCCACCCCAUCAUCCUUUUGUUUCCAACAACGUGUCUACCCAUGGUGUUUAAGGUCUUUUGU